GGCUGGUCUUAGUUUUGUGAGAAACCAAGGGGAUCUUGUCCUGUCCAUUGAUCGUGAAAUAGAAUAGGCUCAAGGACACGGGAGAGCAUUCAUAAGACAAUCAUCAAAGACGAAAGACCGUUCCUUGCUGACAAAUUUGAAGAGUUCCAAGCUCCAACAACCCAACAAGGUUGUCGUUCAGGAGGGGAUGCAAAAUUCGCUCCUUUCUGUUCAAGGAACCCUCAUCUGAUUGUCAUGUGUACCUGAGCUAUGGUGUUGAAGAAGAGCGUCCAUAACAGAGGAACGGCUGGUUUUCAGUUCCCAGUCAUACCUCGUGCUCGGAGAUCAGCUCGAAGGAGGGGCCCGCGGGAGAAGAUAAUAGAUGCUAAUCAAAUUUGUGCUAUCGAACUGCUCGCCUCUUUGGCUGGAAAGUUAUUGCAAGAGAGUGAAAGUUCUUCUGCUUCUAGCAAUGCAUCUGAGGACAAUAACAAUAACCUCGCCAUAGGUAAAGGUGUUGUUAAACGUGAAAGUCAGGAUGAAGAUAAGCUGUUAAAAGCUGAGCCUUUUGUCCCAAUAAGCGGUAAGGAGAGUGCAUGCAUAUCUGAACAGGCUUUCAAAAUGGGUGAUAUCAGAGGAAGAGAUGAUGUGAAGCCAAUAACAUGCAAAAGCAAGAGUAAUGGACAGCCUUGGGAUUAUAAUCAUAGGAGAGAGUUGAAAGAUGUUGAGCAGAUGGAGAAGAAGGGGCACUUGUGUAACAGACAGAGUACAAAGAAAUCAGAGCAAUGUCGACUGAAUUCUCUUGCACCGAUGUCUUUGGACAGUAAAACCAGACUUGACACUAAAUUAGGUUGUAGAGAUGAUGACGGAAACUUCCCCAAUUACAGUAGACUUAGCAAAAAAUUUAAGACGUUUAGGCAUCCUCAGAGCGUUGGAGACCGUAGAAUAAGGAAGCUGCUGACCUUCAAGCACUGGAAAGCCUCUCCAAAGUGUAGGGACCAAGAGCCUGCUAAAAUCUAUGGGGGAAGACAGCCCUUUUACCGAAAGAGAAAAGUGUGCUUCAACCAUGAAAGGAGUCAUCGGGACUUGCUCUAUAAGAGGAGGAAGUUAUUUGAUAGAGGGUCUGUCGUAACUUCUGAUGGAUUCUACAGCAGUGAAAGUAUGGCAAAUUCACCUCGGAAAGCAAAUGGGGUGUCAGCUUCGAUUUUAGCUCGUCAAAAUUCCUUUCAUGCAGAGGAUUCUCAUGUUAAGUUCAGCAUCAAAUCCUUCAAGAUACCUGAGCUCCUCAUUGAGGUCCCACAGACAGCCACUGUCGGUUCACUUAAGAGGACUGUUAUGGAGGCAGUAACUGCUAUUCUCGGAGGUGGGUUACGGGUUGGGGUCGUUCUUGAAGGAAAGAAAAUUCGGGAUGACAGCAGGACCCUAGUGCAGAGCGGUAUCUCCUGUAAAGACAAUAUUGAUACUCUGGGCUUCACAUUGGAGCCCAAUUCUAUGCAGGUCCCGCAAAUUGCAGCCCCAAAAGAAGACCCUCCUCUUCUGUCACCUCAUGAUGGCCCACUACUCCUGACUCGGUCUCCUGGCGGUUCGGAUGUAGAUCCCGUCAUUUCCAAUGCCUUACUUGACCCGCCUCCUUUGAUGAAUCUCGGAAACAAUGCAGAGAGCAACUCCGUGAUUUCCGACGUUCUAAUCGAGAAAACUGUACCAGAGAGCCAAGCCCUUGUCCCAGUCCUGCCGGUUAGCCCCAGAGCACUGUCUGCUGUGCCGCUGAAACAGAAAGGCAGGUGCACUGACAUGGCACAGCGCCGUAUCAGGAGACCAUUCUCUGUUUCUGAGGUUGAGGCAUUGGUUCAGGCAGUUGAGGAACUAGGAACUGGGAGGUGGCGUGAUGUCAAAUUGUAUGCGUUCGAGAAUGCAGGGUACCGAACUUAUGUGGAUUUGAAGGAUAAAUGGAAGACACUAGUCCACACUGCAAGCAUCUCGCCUCAGCAGAGACGGGGAGAGCCUGUCCCUCAAGGGCUCCUAGAUAGGGUCCUCUCUGCCCACGCUUACUGGUCCCAGUGCCAACCCAAACAGGGCGGGAAGAGCCAACUUCUCAAGAUCGAGAGCGCAUGAUGUAAAGAGCUGGAAAAUAGAGGAAAGAGGUUCUGCUGUUCAUUCUCAAAAGAGAAAAAACUUGUACAAAUUGUUCGAUUUCUUGUAAAAUUCUUGAACCUGACACGAUUCUUUGCCCGGCUUCACCCAAAGAAGGAGAGGCUGCUGGCAAUCUGUAAAUGACCCUGUCGAAUAAGUCAUCUUGGCAGCCGAAUCUAUCUCUGAUGAUCCUCUGACUGAUGCGAUUUCUGUAAUGUACAUUAUGGAUUUAACAAAGGGAAUUAAGAACUUCCAUUUGAUUUCUUUGUUUA